ACAGACCCUCACUUUCGGAAGAACUUCGCAGCCGAAAGAUCUGAAAUUUGGGCGUCUCCUCUUCCCGUUAAGCCAUGGCUCUGGUCUUGCAUGCAGGGAAGAUAAACAAAAAUGCCUUUAAGGCACUGAUUGCUGCAGAGUACAGUGGCGUGGAUGUCAAACUAAUUGAGAACUUUGAGAUGGGUGUUUCAAACAAAACUCCUGAAUUUCUAAAGAUGAACCCUAUUGGAAAGGUUCCUGUGUUAGAAACACCGGAAGGUCCCAUAUUUGAGAGCAAUGCCAUUGCCCGUUAUGUUACCCAGUUGAAGGCUGACAAUCCUCUAUAUGGUUCUACUCUGAUGGAUUAUGCCCGUAUCGAGCAGUGGAUUGAUUUUGCAUCAAUGGAAAUUGAUUCUAACAUUGGGAAGUGGUUGUAUCCAAGAUGGGGACUUGGUGUUUACCUUCCACCUGCUGAGGAAGCUGCAAUUGCUGCAUUGAAAAGAGCACUGGAUGCACUUAACACUCACCUUGUUUCCAACACCUAUCUGGUUGGGCACUCAGUGACUCUUGCUGACAUCAUCCUAACAUGCAACCUCAGUAUUGGAUUCAGUCUAGCGAUGACUAAGAGCUUCACCUCAGAGUUUCCUCAUGUGGAGCGGUACUUUUGGACCAUGGUUAAUCAGCCUAACUUCAAAAAGGUGCUGGGUGAGAUUAAGCAGGCUGAGUCUGUGCCUCCUGUUUCAUCCGCAAAGAAGCCUUCCCAGCCAAAAGAAUCUGCUAAGCCCAAGCCAAAGGAAGAACCAAAGAAAGAGGCCAAGAAAGAAGCCCCAAAGCCUGCUGAGGAGGAGGAAGAGGCACCAAAGCCCAAAGCUAAAAACCCUCUUGAUUUGCUGCCUCCAAGUAAGAUGGUUCUGGAUGACUGGAAGAGGCUCUAUUCUAAUACCAAGACCAACUUCCGUGAGGUUGCAAUUAAAGGAUUCUGGGACAUGUAUGAUCCUGAGGGAUACUCUCUCUGGUUCUGUGAUUACAAGUACAAUGAUGAGAACACAGUCUCCUUUGUUACUCUGAACAAGGUUAGUGGAUUCCUUCAGAGGAUGGACUUGGCACGCAAGUAUGCUUUUGGUAAGAUGCUCGUUAUUGGAUCAGAACCCCCCUUCAAGGUGAAGGGAUUGUGGCUUUUCCGUGGGCGAGAAAUUCCCCAGUUUGUACUCGAUGAGUGCUAUGACAUGGAGCUGUAUGAUUGGAAGAAGGUUGACAUUUCAGAUGAAGCCCAAAAGGAGUGUGUCAAUCAGAUGAUUGAAGAUUAUGAGCCUUUUGAGGGAGAGGCUCUUUUGGAUGCCAAGUGCUUCAAGUGAAAAAUGACAAAUUGUAGCUUUCAAGUGCUUUUUCUUUUGUCUGUCAUCAGUGUUUUCGGUAGGGGAAAAUGUGUUUCUUGUUUCAAAUAUACUUUUUUUUCAUUUUUUGGCCAAUUGUUUCAAAUAGACUUCAUAGACAGAAUAUCUUACAAUUUUGUUCUUUCUCAUUCUUGAGUUUCAUUUAGUUAUUAUAAACCUAACUUCAUUUA